CAAAAAUCCACAUGAUGAAGUUUCAUUAGAACGUAAGCUUUCAGGUCACAAGGCGUCUUGCCUAAGGCAUAAUUAUUAAGGUUUAUGCUCAUCAUAAAAGAUAAAGUAACGCAGCCUUGCAAACGUUUUCGGCAAGUAAUUUCCACUUGCUUCUAGCUAGAGAUAUCGCCUUCUCUUCCGCAGUGUUUUGUGCUGUCAUUUUUGUUAAGUUUCUAGCCACGUUCACGCAUUAACUUCUUUAGUUGAAUAAACAAUUACUUAUUGGGCCAUGCUCUGUCAAGUUUCUUAUCUAGGGGACCUAUAUAACAUAGUGUGCUUAUGUGCAAUAGUAGAAUAUUGGAUGUGUAAUUGAUGUAUUUUAAAUACGUACUCCCUUCCAUCUUAAAUUAUCCGUUUUAAAUUGAGAUGACAUAUUGAUUAAAAAAAAUAAUUAAUAACAUGAGCAGUUCACCAUAGUAAACCUAUUAAAUGAUGUUUACAUUUUAAUUUGAAGAAAAAAUAAUUAAUGCAAAGGAUAAAUAUGAAAAAAAAAAUUGUCUCUUCUUAAUUAAUGAAAAAAGAUAAAUAAAAUAGAAAAUCAAAUUAGAAAAUUUGAGACGAAUAAUUUAGUGGGAAGGAAGUAUAUUAGAAGUUAUAGAUCCGCCUUAGAUCUCAUACCUUGAUAAGUUGACUUUGCGGACAGACUUCAGAUGCUGGAAUUUCCAUGUGAUUGCCGUAGUUGGUGACGGCGCAAGAUAAGCUGAUACCGCACUACAUUCACAACUCAUUUUUGUGCACCAAUUUUAUUGUAGUAUUUCAUAAGACUUGAGCAAUCAAAAAAAGAUUGUUCCCCUGCCAAUUAGAUCACUAUAAAUAUAUUCCCAACCUCUAUAUUCACCACACAUUCAACUUAAACAUCUUUUAACACGACAAAUGGAGGCGUCUAGUUGCAAAAGCUUGAUUUUUCUCCUUUUUGCAGUUGUUUUAUUCAUCUCACAGACACAGCCGCUAGUCACAGCUGCCAAAGACUCUGGUGGGCAAGCCAACACAAACUUUGUCAGAAAAAAAUGCAGCAUCACCACAUACCCUUCACUUUGCCUGAACAAACUAAUGCCUUAUGCGUCAUCGGUGAAAGCCAACUCCACAAAGCUCUGCAAAGAAGCCCUUAAUGUAGCAACAAAAGGUGCACGAGAUGCCUCUAUCAUUGUCUCGAAUCUGAAAAAACAGAAGGGAAUUUCAAAAUAUGAAGCCGCGGCUAUUAAAGACUGUAUAGAAGAUGUGAAGGAUGCAAUGUACGAAUUCAAGCGGGCUAUUGAGGCAAUGGGACAUCUGGGUGAUGGAGAUAAGGAAUUUCAAUUGUCUAAUGCAAAAACGUACGCAAGUGCAGCUAUAACAAACGCAGACUCGUGCACUGAUGGGGUCUCCGAUAACCGUAAAGUAAAUCCAAAAGUGAAGGAUGCGAUAAAUAGAAGUAUGGCGGUUAUUAUCAGACUUGGCAGCAAUGCCUUGUCACUCAUUAACCAUGUUUAUGAAUACUGAAUAGUGGAAUACUGUCACUUUGUAUUGAAAAAGUGAUAUCCAUCUUAUUGCUAUAAUUAACAUUGACUUUUAGUAGCA